CCUCUCCUCCUCCUCCCCGCCGUCCCCUGCAGGCCUGGCGGAGGUGGGGGCCCUAUUGGCGCCGCUGGGGCUGCUCGGGGAAGGUACGAAGAAUAGUAACAUUCUCUUGGAGUCUUUUAAAUCUAGUUAACAUAGAGCUGUUUGAAGAAUAUUCUCCACGGCCAUCUGUGGAGAAGAGAGAAAGAAUGAAAUACCUGUUCUUAAUAUUUUUCAUGAACUUAUUGCCACGAUAUGCUGGCAGGUCUUUGAGCAGAGAUGGCAAUUACCCAAAAGCAUUUGAAGGCAUCAGAAAUGAGAUAGCUGGCUAUUAUGAUGUUGCUAAAGCUAUUAUCGAUCUUGCUGUUUAUGGAAAAGCUCAGAACAGAUCUUAUGAAAGAUUAGCUGUUUUUGCUGAUACCAUAGGACCUAGACUAAGUGGUUCAGCAAAUCUAGAUGCAGCCAUCAAGUAUAUGUACAAUGCCCUGCAGAAAGACGGGCUGGAGAAUGUGCACCUGGAGCCUGUGAAAGUGCCUCACUGGGAAAGAGGAGAAGAGUUUGCCAUGAUGCUGGAACCAAGGAAUCACAGCAUUGCUAUUCUGGGACUUGGGAGCAGUGUUGCAACUCCUCCGGAAGGAAUUACAGCGGAAGUCAUAGUGGUAUCCUCUUUUGAUGAGCUGCACAGAAGAGCUCAAGAGGCCAAGGGGAAGAUCGUUGUCUACAACCAACCUUUCAUCAGUUACGGUGAAACUGUGCGGUACAGAUCACUGGGAGCAGUGGAAGCUGCUAAGGUUGGAGCAGUGGCAUCCCUCAUUAGAUCCGUCGCUUCUUUUUCUAUUGAUAGCCCACAUACUGGCUGGCAGAACUAUCAGUCCGGCGUACCCCAGAUUCCCACUGCUUGCAUCUCCGUGGAAGAUGCUGAAAUGAUGUCGCGGAUGUCUUUCCGAGGCACUAAGAUCAUUGUGUACCUGAAGAUGGGAGCCAAGACCUACCCGGACUCUACUUCUUUUAAUACAGUGGCAGAAAUAGUUGGAAGCAAGUACCCAGAGCAGAUUGUGUUGGUCAGCGGACAUCUGGACAGCUGGGAUGUUGGGCAGGGAGCUAUGGAUGAUGGCGGAGGAGCAUUUAUAUCAUGGGAAGCAUUAUCACUCGUUAAGGAUCUGGGACUUCGUCCAAAAAGAACUCUGCGCUUGGUGCUAUGGACAGGAGAAGAACAAGGAGGAAUAGGUGCUGAGCAAUACUACCAGUUGCACAAGGAAAACAUCUCUAACUUCGAUAUCGUCAUGGAGUCUGAUGAGGGCACCUUCAAGCCAUCUGGGCUGGCUUUUACUGGUAAUGCCAAAGCUCGUGACAUCAUCAAAGAGAUCAUGGCUCUGCUACUGCCUAUCAACAUUACAGAAGUUUAUGACACUGCAGAUGGAACAGACAUCAAUUUCUGGAUGAGGGACGGAGUGCCUGGUGCCAGCUUGCGUGAUGACCUCAGUAAAUACUUCUGGUUUCAUCAUUCUCAAGGGGACACGAUGACAGUUCAGGAUCCAAACCAGAUGAAUCUCUGUGCUGCUGUUUGGACUGUGGUCUCCUAUAUAAUUGCUGACAUGGAGGAGAUGCUGCCAAGGUAAUAAAGCAUUAAGAGAGAAGAUUUCUGUUCAUCAGUAAAGACUGUGAGUCCCCUAAUACAUGUGGUCUACAGCUGUGGGAAAUUCCUUUUUUCACCCUGAUUUUGCACGUUAUUUUGUCUGUUUUCCUCAAAGCAUAUACUGUCUUACACAUUCCUGGUUCUUUUUGCUGUUAUAACGUUUUCCACUUGUGAUUUUCACUUCAAGUUUCCUGAGUACUUUAAAAAUUUCUGAUGAAACUAUGGUAUCUCUUUGGUACGGUGAAGUAAUCAUUUGUAUGCAAACUUAUCCUUUGCAGCAGGAAAAAUACAACAAAAUAAAUCUGUUGCAUCAGAAUAA